AUGAGUCAAUCUAAUGAUCCUAAACAAGAAAGUAGUUUUAGAAAAACACGAAAUGUUCAAGCAAAUCAACAGUCAGUAUUUCUUGCACUUAUUAAUAAAUAUUUUACAAUUACUUUAAUUUCACCAAAAAAAAGAUCAACAGUUGCACAACAAAUGGUUACAAUUCAAAAUAUUCAAUACAAAGAUGAUAUAGUUGAAGUAGAAGAAUUUAUUAUAAGGAGAUUAAAAGAAAUUAAUGUAAGAGAUAUUUCAAAUGGUGUUAGUUCAAAAACAGCGUCAAGACGUUGGGAAAAUAAUAAAAUAGCAGAAAUUAAUAAUUUAUUAAUAGAUAUCUUAAAAGAAUUGGGAUAUUCUUUUAAUUCUAAAUUAACUAAUGGAAAGUCUACUACAGUUAAAAAUGAAAUUGUUUCUUCUAUUCUUUUUAAUGGUAAAUUAAUAUUAACUUCUGAACAAAUUAAUAUUCAUGGAAAAUCUCUUAAUAACUCUUUAAAUUCCCUCUUCGUUGAUAAUAAAAUUAUUACUUUAAACAGAAAUGAUCCAUUUUUUAAUGACUUCUUCGCUUUAACUUAA